AUGUCGGCACCCAAUGCGAGUAUUCCGGGGAUACGCUCUGAAGACUCGUGGGUUGAGAUCUCGUCACGCGCUUCGUCAGCCUCUUUAUCGUCCACGAACAACGAUAUCAUCACCACCGGACUCCAAGUCCGGUCUCAAGAUGAGCGCCAAUCCCGUCAACUUCAACCUUCUCCACACGUUGCACAUCCUCAACCGCGGUCUGUGAGCACCGCGGGAAGUAGCCAAGAUGAAUAUGAAGAGAGUGAGAGCGAGAGUGAUCGGGUUCUCAGCAGCUCGAACGAAGAGAUCUAUCAAGGUGACACAGCGGAUGAUGAUGAAACCUCUACCGCUCUAGGUGUUGGCAGCUUGGGCAAAGUGUUCACGCCCCAGCCGAAUGCAUUCUCGCACCCCCCGUCGUCCCAUAAUCGAUCCGUACAAGAUCCCUAUUUUCCUCCAGGUGCCACAUUAGCAUCUGAGCCCCAGGCUGACCGCUCACUCACUCAGCGCGGUUACCAGCAACAAAUGCACCCAAGGAAUCGCCCUGCCUCGUCAUCAUACCAACCAGACCAUGAUGCUGCCUUGCGAGCCUCUCUGACGACUCUACUCUCGUGCGCCGCUGCAGUUCGACCUAAAAACCCUGAUGCCAGGCCGCCACCGCAACGAGCAUCGACGCAACCAACAACUCUGCGGCUUGUCCCCGAAUCAGCGCUCGAGGAUGGGCCUCGACAGAGGCGAACUUCCUCACCCAACAAGCAAACGAAGCGAAAGUCGCGCGAAUCGAGCAAAGAUCGACACGCCGCCAAGAAAGUCCGGGCUGCCGGCGCCAAAGCAGCAACAGCAGUGGCGACUGGCGAGGAGCUGAUCAGCCCAACGCUCGCUUCGUGGAUGAUUUCAGCGUGCGUGGUACUCGUAUUCUCGGCCAUCAGUUUCAGUGCGGGAUAUGCUUGGGGACGCGAGGUUGGAAGGAUCGAAGGCGAGAUGGGUCUCCCUGGUGGAAGUUGUGGACAAGAAUCAAUAAGGUCGACCGGAACCGGGUUGAGAAGAUUGAGAUGGAGUUCGGCCGCGAGUAGUAUACGCGCCUAG